GGCAAAGCAGAGGGAAAAUCUCACUGUAGGCUGCACCAGACUUUUCAGAUUGUCAGAUCUCCGCCCCUCCAUGCAUGUUAUAUAGUGAAACCUGAAACGACUGUGGGCCUGGAUUUGAUGCCCAGCUCUCUUCUGUAAACUGUCUACACACAACAUGAUGAAAGGGCACACAGGAGAUAUGGAAAACAAGGUAGAACAUUCUAAUGGACACAGCAGGCCCCUGGACAUCGUGCCCAGCACGGAGGAGAAGAUGACGGAGAGGGGUCAGUGGGGCAACAAGCUGGAAUUCGUUCUGUCCGUGGCUGGAGAGAUAAUUGGCCUCGGGAAUGUUUGGCGUUUCCCCUACCUUUGUUAUAAGAAUGGAGGAGGGGCCUUUUUUAUACCAUACCUCAUCUUCCUGUUUGCUUGUGGGAUCCCGGUCUUCUUCCUGGAGACGGCUCUGGGUCAGUACACCACUGAGGGGGGCAUCACCUGCUGGAGGAAAAUCUGUCCAUUGUUUGAAGGAGUGGGUUACGCCACCCAGGUGAUCGUUGCUCUGCUGAACAUCUACUACAUCGUCGUGUUAGCGUGGGCCAUCUUCUUUCUGUUCAACUCCUUCACCUGGGAUCUGCCCUGGGCGUCCUGCAACAACACUUGGAACACAGAUUCCUGCAUGGCAUUUCAGAGAGGGAAUAGCUCCAUCAAUCACCAUGUGAACGCCACAUCUCCUGUCAUUGAGUUCUGGGAGCGCAGAGUGCUGAGACUCUCCUCAGGGAUCGACCACAUUGGCUCACUGAACUGGGAUCUAAUGAUCUGCCUGGCCGUUGCGUGGGUCAUCUGCUACUUCUGCAUCUGGAAGGGAGUCAAAUCCACUGGCAAGGUUGUUUACUUCACAGCCACUUUCCCAUAUAUCAUGCUACUGAUCCUACUGGUUAGAGGAGUAACCCUGCCGGGAGCCUCUAGAGGAAUCCACUUCUACCUUUACCCUGACUUGGAUCGACUGUCGGACCCUCAAGUAUGGAUGGAUGCUGGAACUCAGAUCUUCUUCUCCUACGCCAUCUGUUUGGGCUGCCUCACCGCCCUGGGAAGCUACAACAAAUAUAACAACAACUGCUACCGGGAUUGCCUGUCUCUCUGUUUCCUGAACAGCGGUACCAGUUUUAUUGCAGGCUUCGCCAUCUUCUCCAUCCUGGGCUUCAUGUCCUAUGAGCAAAAUGUGCCCAUCUCAGAAGUGGCAGAAUCCGGUCCUGGUUUGGCUUUCAUUGCCUAUCCUCGCGCUGUGUCCAUGAUGCCUUUCUCUCCUCUAUGGGCCUGCUGCUUCUUCAUCAUGAUUGUCUUUCUGGGACUGGACAGUCAGUUCGUGUGUGUGGAGAGCCUGGUGACAGCCAUGGUGGACAUGUAUCCCUCCGUCUUCCGCCGUAAGAACCGCAGGGAGCUUUUCAUCCUGGCGGUGGCUGUGGUGUCCUUCCUCAUGGGGCUCAUCAUGCUGACAGAGGGUGGCAUGUACAUCUUCCAGCUCUUUGACUACUAUGCAGCCAGUGGAAUGUGUCUGCUUUUCGUGGCUAUAUUCGAGACCGUUUGCAUCGCUUGGGUUUAUGGUGCUGAUCGUUUCUAUGACAACAUAGAGGAUAUGAUUGGCUAUCGCCCCGGCCCUCUCAUCAAAUACUGCUGGCUUUUCUUCACCCCUGCCACAUGCUUUGCAACAUUCGCCUUCUCCUUGAUCAAGUACUCGCCUCUGAAGUACAACAAUGAAUACGUUUACCCAUGGUGGGGUCAUGGGAUUGGUUGGAUCCUGGCUCUUUCCUCCAUGCUUUGUAUUCCCCUCUGGGUGGCAGUUAAACUGUACACCACCCCAGGAACACUGAGAGAACGCCUUGCCUUUUUGACCACUCCCUCCACGGACUUACCGAAGACAAAGCAGGAGCAGGAGAGGCUGAUGGCCAUCUUUGCAGCCGACGGCGACAGCCUCCGCCAGAAAGCGCCUUCCACCAGGGAAGGCUACUUCCCUGUCGAAGAGAAGGAUUCUCAUUGCUAGAGCCUUGAGGGUCGGAAUCAGAGUCUCGCAGGGGUCAACGGCCGCUCCUCGGUAUCGACACUCUGGCUCCAUCACAGCUCUCUCUGCAAUAAUACCUCACCAGGCAAGGGGGGGGUGCAACAGGCACAGAUGUGGACUUUAGGAUCAGAUCACCUGUUAGCCGCCUACUUGCUGCUGGAGCUUUCUCCCUUGAAUCGUGCCUUCAGCAUACACCACGAGGGCCUUAUUUUAUGGAGAGUUGGUUAACAUCUCAUUUUCCGUUGGAAGAGUAGCAUUUAAAAAAAAAACAAAAAACAAAAAACAAAAAAAACGUGAUUACUGUUGAUACACAGUGGCUCAGAAUUUACAUUUGAUCAUGUCUGCUUUCUAAGGAAGCAUUUUCUUCUGUUAUGGACAUCUCUAAUGUUCAGUUAGUCUGCCAUGACAUUGUGGUUACGUUUGUUGCAGAUGAACCACAGGAGAUGUUACAAGGUGCAUAUAUCAUGAAAGCUAGCCUAAAUAAAAUCCAUCCAGCGUAUAAGUACCACACUGCAUUUUUUCCCCAUACAGUAGAGAGUUCUCAUCUCAGGAUGUUUUCCUCUUUUUUUUUUUAAUAAAACACAUUUCUGAAAAAGUGUACUAAUGUUAUUGUGGCUGGAAAACGUGUAAUUUAUAUUUAGCUGAAAUGAUGACAACUGAACUGAAUUAAGCUUUGCUGUUUUUAUAUUCAUAUUAAUGUUACAGUGUUUAUGGAUUCAGUAUUUGUUCUUUCCAUCUGUCCUACUGAGCUUUGGAGCCUUGAAGCUCUGGAACACACUUUUUUUUUUAUCCUUUGAUUAUUGACAUGAUUUUAAUUUAGUUGGGUUUGCCUUAUCUCUAAUGCACUGAAUUAGUGUGAAAUUAAAAGUGCCUAAAGGAGACGGUUGCCCCUCUCAGAUGAAACGAGCAGGGCCUCCCGGUAGAGGGGUUUCAUUCCAAAAGGAACAUCUUGCUUGUCAUCUCCUUUUUCUGCUGCAUGAUACCGAACUACAGCGUGAUGGAGUGAAUGUCUGGUCUUUGGUUAUUGAUAGAGAACACUUUUAGAUGUAUAACUUUUACAGGCUAAAACCAUUUUUAUGACUCAAUAAAAUUACUGUGAAUUUA